AUGAUUGAAGUUACAUGUAACGAUCGUUUAGGUAGUAAAGUCAGAGUUAAGGUCAACGGUGAUGAUACCAUUGGUGAUUUAAAAAAAGUUUUAUCAGCUCAAAUUGGUAUCAAGGCUGAGAAAAUUAGAUUACAAAAAUCAAAUAUUAUUUAUAAAGAUCAUAUUACUCUUGAUGAUUAUGAAAUUCAUGACGGGGAUGGUCUCGAAUUAUAUUACAACUAA